CAAGUUUUUAAGAAACAUCUUUGUUGGAUAAAACGGGCACAAACAGUGCGUAAACAUGGCUACUGGCAGCAGCUUCCUGUCUGAAGAUCAGUGCUCCGUGUGUCUGGAUGUGUUCACCGAUCCGGUCACCACACCAUGUGGACACAGCUUCUGUAAGUCCUGCAUUACAGGCCUGUGUAGUACCAGUGUCCAGCAGCAGUGUCCCGUCUGUCAGGAGCUGUUUGACUCCAGACCAGUGCUGCGGACAGACACCGUCACGUCUGAGACGGCUGCUUAUGUCAGGUCCUCAGCUGGACAGACAGCAGCGAGCAUCUCACAGAGAAGACUUUCCAAAGAUGUCCUCUGUGACAUGUGCACUAAACCCAAACAGAAGGCUGUGAAGUCCUGUUUGGACCGUCUGUCCUCCUACUGUGAGACACACCUGGAGCCUCACCGGAGAGUCUCGGGUCUGAGGAGACACAAACUGGGCCAUCCUGUGGAGAACCUGGAGGACAGGGUGUGUAAGAAGCACGAGAAACGCUUGGAGAUGUUCUGCAGGACAGAUCAGACGUCCGUGUGUCGAUCCUGCGCCGUGUCCGAUCACAAGAGACAUCAGGUCGUCCCUCUGAGGGAAGAGGGUAAAAAGGAGGAGGAGCUGGAGAAGACCGGCGCCGGUGUCCAGCUGGUGAUCCAGGACAGGCUGCUGAAGCUGGAGCGGAUCAAACAGUCCAUGAAGCUUGGCAAGGAAGACGUGGAGGGCGUGACGGCGGCUGUGGUGGAGGACUGCGCCGCUCUGAUUCAAUCUGCGCGCCAAAACCUGGACCUGCUCAUGGAYCUGAUCCAGCAGAAGCAGAAAGCAGCCGAGACACGAGCUGAAGGCUUCAUAAAAGAGCUGGAGGAGGAGAUCUCUGAGCUGAUGGAUAAAAACCUGGAGCUGAAGUCCCUCUCUCAAACUGAGGACCACCUUCAGCUGCUACAAAACCUUCCGCCCUUGAAAGUCCAAACCAGGGACUGGACUAACAUCCAGGUUCAGUCCUCCUGUGACGGGACCGUGAGGAAGGCAGCGGCAGAACUGGAGACGCUCAGGAGACGGAUGAAGAAGCUGUGCGCUGAGGUUGAGCUGUCCAGGGCGCGGUUGCACUCAGUGGACGUGACUCUGGACCACGAUACGGCGGACCCUUACCUGGUCCUGUCCGAGGACCGGAAACAGGUCAGCUGUGGUGACGUCGAGCAGGUCCUCCCCAACAAACCACAGAGACUGUCCUCGUUCGCCGUCCUCGGAGAGCAGGGCUUCUCCUCGGGAAGGUUUUAUUACGAGGUUCAGGUUGAAGAGAAAACCAAGUGGGAGCUSGGAGUGGUCCGAGAGUCCAUCGACAGGAAAAGCGAGAACACAAUCUGUCCUGAAAACGGGUACUGGGUCGUGUGGUUAAGGAGUGGACACUACAGAGCUCUUGCUGGACCUUCUGUCCCUCUCUGUUUGAAGUCCAAACCCCAGAAGGUGGGCGUGUUUGUGGAUUAUAAUAAGGGUCUGGUUUGUUUUUAUGAUCCGGACACUGCAGCCUCCAUUUACUCCUUCACCAAGUGUAAGUUCAGAGGAAAACUGUUCCCAUACUUCAGCCCCUGCUCCAGUGAUGACGGGAAAAACUCAAACCCUCUGAUCAUCUCUACAAUCACUUCAGUGYGUUAGACUUCAUCCUUUUUUUAAUCAAGUUACGUGCUUACACACGGGGUGCCAAGUGUAAAAUAA